CUUCUUCCCGUCUUCCGGCCACCUCCCCCCAUGAACCACUUGUGGACUCUAUCCUUAAUUUUGCGGCUAUUCCAGUUGGCGAUAUCAGCGAAAGGAUUUGUAGUACUGCCAGCGGCAACUGCAAAGGGUGCACAUCGCGGAGGCGGGGGCGGCAUGACGGCAGGGGUGACCGCAGGCGGCGAGGCGCCGGCCGAGGCUUGUGCUCCCGCGAGGGACAACCCUUUCAACUCGGAUGAGAGCAUCAGCCCGAUGGUCAAGACGGUUUCCCCGUCGAAGACAUUGGAGGUGCACGCGCUGACUCAGGAGAUGAAGGCUCGGGGGGAGAAGGUGGUGUCCCUGUGCGUGGGGGAGCCGGACUUUCAGCCGCCGGACGCAGUCAUCGAGGCGACGGCGACUGCUGCGAGAGAGGGGGUGACCAAGUACACCGGGGUGACGGGAACGGUGGGCCUGCGGCGAGCGAUCUGCGCGGACCUCGCAAGGCGAAAGAAUCUGACGUACUCCCAGGGAGACAUCGUCGUCGCCAACGGGGCUAAGCAGGCCGUGUACCAGGCUGUCUUGGCGGUGGUGCGACCGGGGGAUGAGGUCAUCGUGCCCGCUCCUUACUGGCCCAGCUACCCCGAGAUGGUCCGGCUGGCAGGAGGGGUGCCCGUGAUUCUUGAGACCAAUGUCGAGGAGGAGUUUUUGUUGACGGCGGAGAAGCUCAGGGGCGCGUUAACGGACAAGACGCGCAUGCUCAUAUUCUGCAACCCCAGCAACCCCACGGGAGCGGUGCACUCGAAGGAACGUUGCGAAGAACUCGCGGCCGUGCUGUCGGAGGAAGGAGGUAAGGGGGCGGGCUGCUGGGUGUUGGCGGACGAGAUCUACGAGCGCAUCACGUACGACACGCCGCACGUGGCGUUCGCCUCACUCCCUGGGAUGUUCGAGCGCACCAUGACAGUUAACGGGUUCUCCAAGUCGCACGCGAUGACGGGGUACCGGCUGGGUUAUCUCGCGGCACCCCCUAUCAUCACUAAGGCGGUUACCACUAUCCAAGGGCAGAUCACGUCCUGCGCGAGCUCGAUAUCGCAGGCCGCCGGUCUCGCCGCCCUCGCCGUUACCGACGGGGAGAUGCAGCUCAGCUUCGACGUCAUGCGCAAGAAGCGCGACUUCGUACUCAAGAGGCUGUCGGAGAUGCCCAACCUCGUGACAGCUGUUCCCGAGGGGGCGUUCUACGUUUUCCCCGACGUGUCCGCUCACUUCGGAAAGUCGGCGCCGGACGGAACGACCAUCGGAGGGGCCACGGACCUGUGCCUCUACUUGUUGCGGGCGCACAGCGUGGCUUUGGUGACCGGGGACGGUUUCGGCUACCCGAAAGGAAUCCGGAUUUCGUACGCGGCGUCCAUGGAGGACAUCGACGAAGCCCUUGGAGAGUUCGACAAGUGCAUCUCUUCCCUAGAGUGAGGGAGCGAGAUCUCCGGCGCAGGUAGUCGGUCCAAGAUGGUGCCAGUUGCGGCAGCGGAGCUAGUGUUUGACCGAGGAGGGGGGGUAGAAAGAAACGGCUGUGUGGUUCGGCAAGAUGAUGUGUAAUUUAGAGCUAUGCGUGAUCGCUUGGGUGCACCAACCGUUGACGAGGCGGGCGUUUGAAGCAGGUAUGCAAAUGGUGUCUGUUGGAGUGUUGUUUGAAGGCACGGUUUAGAACUCGACCGUGGAGCGGGCUCGGGAUGGUGCAGCAUCCCAACGUGGCGUGAGCCUGCAACGCGUACAACAAGUGGCGCGAUGGAGAAAUAUUAGCUAAGCUCCUUGCUAGAUCAAUGUUUUUUCGCCACGGCCCUUCGUGCUUCAUUAUUUCAAGGACAGGCACCCAGGGGAUGAAGUUCUUGGUGACAGACUUCUGCAUGUCGUGGUUGUAUUCGCAAAUAUGUUGCUCCUGGGCGGGGUGUGUGUUCAGGGCACCACUCCCCCGCCCGGGGAUCCAGAUUCUUGAUGUCGUGCCGACCUGGAGUGUUGACAGCAGUAGCGUAUAUUGUAGCAUCAGGUCCGAUUGAGGCACGGACGUGCUGGGAGUUUGCCGAUUCUGGUGCGUCCACGCCCCGCGGGAUUAUUCGAGGAAGAGCACAUACUCCCACAGUACCAUGGUUUUGCCUUGUUGUGUGUGAACUACCGCAAGUACCCAUUUGCUUCUCAGUACAUUGUCACUCAUCUCCCAGUAUUGGCAGCUCUGUGUUUUGGGACGUGGCUCGCUGAGACUGGCAGUUUGUCCCUUGCGUCGAGACGUGUUUGGCCGUGGAGAAGGCUACUGCACUGCGUAGGACUGAGAGAUGUUCUGGGGCGCUCGACACUGUCGCAUGCGCCAGAAUGCGAUGGAUGAUCAUGCACGUUGUAGUAAUGGAUGCUGAUGUGUAUGCAUGCUGACGGCGCGGUGUGGUAUGUUCGUUCGCAUGGUGCGUUAUGUAGCUGCGGGUAGUGUUACCAGAGGGGAUAUGUGUGUUGCGUCAUCGUACGAAAAAAAUCAAAAACCAAGGUGCGGCAAUAUAGAGAGAGAAGG